GCGGCGAGGGCUCCGCGAUGCCGCUGCUGUUCCUGGAGCGCUUCCCCUGGCCCAGCCUCCGCACCUACACGGCGCUCAGCGCCCUGGCGCUGCUGGGCGCCGGCCUCAGCGCCUACCGCGCCCUCAGCCAGGCGCCCGCCGGGCCGGCGGCCGCCGAGCCGGCCGAGCCCCCGCGCUGCGCCGGCCCGCGGGCCCUGGACGUCGCCUACUACCUGCUGUCCGACAGCCUCUGCGUCUGGGUGCUAGUGAACACUGCCUGCUGUUUUCUGAUGCUGGUUGCUAAGGUAAUCCAGUGUAUGGUGUUUGGUCCUCUGCGUGUCAGCGAGAGGCAGCACCUCAAGGAUAAAUUCUGGAAUUUCAUUUUCUACAAGUUCAUCUUCAUUUUUGGUGUGCUCAAUGUUCAGACAGUGGAAGAAGUGGUGAUGUGGUGCCUCUGGUUCUCUGGACUUGUGUUUCUCCAUCUGAUGGUUCAGCUCUGCAAGGAUCGCUUUGAAUACCUUUCCUUUUCUCCUACCACACCCAUGAGCAGCCACAUCAGAGUGCUGGCCCUGCUCAUAGCCAUGCUCCUGUCCUGCUGUGGAUUAGCAGUUGUCUGUGGAGUUGUUGGCUACACCCAUGGCAUGCACACGUUGGCUUUCAUGGCAGCAGAGUCUCUGCUUGUGACAGUCAGAACUGCCCAUGUGAUUUUACGAUAUGUGGUUCAUCUCUGGGAUCUCAACCAUGAAGGAACAUGGGAGGGCAAAGGCACUUAUGUCUACUACACAGAUUUUGUCAUGGAGCUAACCUUGCUUUCCCUGGACUUGAUGCAUCAUAUUCAUAUGCUGCUCUUUGGCAAUAUCUGGCUGUCCAUGGCCAGCCUGGUGAUCUUCAUGCAGCUGCGUUACCUGUUCCACGAGGUGCAGCGAAGGAUCCGGCGGCACAAGAAUUACCUGCGUGUGGUUGGGAACAUGGAAGCCAGGUUUGCAGUUGCAACCCCCGAGGAGCUGGCGGUGAACAACGACGACUGUGCCAUUUGCUGGGACUCCAUGCAGUCCGCACGGAAACUGCCCUGUGGGCACCUCUUCCACAACUCGUGCCUGCGGUCCUGGCUGGAACAAGAUACAUCUUGCCCCACCUGCAGAAUGUCUCUCAAUAUCACUGACAGCCAUCACGUGAGGGAGGAGCACCAAAGGGAAAACCUGGAUGAGAACCUGGUGCCCGUGGCAGCAGCAGAAGGCAGACCACGCCUGAACCAGCACAAUCACUUCUUCCACUUUGAUGGCUCCCGAAUUGCCAGCUGGCUGCCCAGUUUUUCCGUAGAAGUGAUGCACACCACAAACAUCCUUGGAAUUGCCCAGGCCAGCAACUCCCAGCUCAAUGUUAUGGCCCAUCAGAUCCAGGAGAUGUUCCCUCAGGUUCCUUAUCACUUAGUUCUGCAGGACCUGCAGUUAACUCGGUCUGUGGAGAUCACCACUGACAACAUCCUGGAAGGGCGGAUCCAGGUGCCUUUCCCCACACAGCGUGCAGACAGCAUUAGACCUGCAUUGAACAACUCUGUGGAGCGGCACAGUACUGAUCAGGAGGAUGCUGGAACUGUCACACAGACCGAGAGAGUGCCACUUGAGCUCAACUCCAGGCUGGAAGAAAUGGUGGAAUUCAGCGAAAUGGAAGCAGAGCCCAGUGAAGCAGAAGACUUUGAGGCCAGGGGAAGUCGCUUUUCAAAGUCAGCUGACGAAAGGCAGCGCAUGUUGGUUCAGCGGAAGGAGGACUUGUUGCAACAGGCUCGAAAGCGUUACUUAAACAAAACCUCGGAGGAGGAGCUGAGCCCAGAGAAGCCUUGUCCCGAGGGAGCGGCCGACGCGGUGACGCUGCGCCGCAGGACCCUCGCUGCCGCCGCCGAACGGAGGCUCCAGAUGCAGCAGAACUCCUAGCGCUGCCCUCCUCCCCCUCCUCGUGAGCAGCCUCCAGUAAAUAAAUGAAACACGAGAACCCUGCGCUUCCGAUACCAGCAGGAAAGCGUCUCUGCAGAGCUCAGCUGGCUGUGCUGCCCAGCGAGCUGGCUGCCUCUCUGCUGUACAAAGCAUGUGGUCUAAUAAUGUUCGGACAGCUGACAAAAUUAACCUUUUUUGUAAUAUUUUCUAUGUGACGUUGAUUCCCCUCCACAAACGAAAGGCAAUUUCUAAACCAUGGGCAUGAUUUCUGCAGCUGGCAUGAGCUGUGGGGCUGACUGCACUGCAGAGGCUGGGGGAAGUGUGUUCUGAGUUAGCUGUGGGUGCAGGUCACAGAGCACACGGGCAUGUUCUGCUGGAGAUCAGGGAGAGUUACUCGGAGGGUGAGGAGGCUUAGAAGCUUGCAGCAAUCCUGUGCUAGAUAAGCAGGCACCUGCUCCUCAGUCCCCGUUCUUGUCGGCAGCGGAGGUGCCACGUGGGGUGGCUUGAAGGGCUGGGGGAGCGUCGCCGGGAAGUUCUUACACUGGAUGAAAUUGUGUGGCUACACAACACAGAACCCCCAAAUCCAUGGAUUUGCAGCAAAGCGCCGGCUCACGUCGACUCCAGCAUCAAACAGGCAGUUUGCUGCUGCUGGGCUCUUCUGCUCUGGCAGAGGUCUGGCUGUUCAUCCCCAGGGCUGCACUUUUCCUUCAUGUCCAGAGGCAAGCAAAGGACAGAGGGGGAUCGAGUGAAGAGCUCACAGCCCUUGCAGUUCAGUGUUACCACAGGCCAAGGGAGCCGAGGGCAGAACCCGCCCGUCCUGACUCCAGCACAACAUGGGUGGGACGGCGUGGAGGUCGCUCCAGUAUCUUGCUUUUAUUUUGUUUUUAACCCCCACAAGCUCACUGUGAGUUUAUUCAGGAAGACUGGAGGAAUGGGGACAGCUGGACCUUCGCUGGCUGCACCCAACCUGCUGACCUGGAUUUUUCUUAAGAACUUUUGAGAUCCCCUUGGCGCCGCCACCGCUCGCUUACAUAGUUGAAUUUUACAUGGCAAUGACUUAAUUUUUAAACUUCUGAAGAGUGAGUUCUAGUUUCACCGUCCUUUAGAAGGAGCCCAGUAUUACCUAGAAUUGUUGGUAACUUUUUUUACUGUUGGUUUUUAGGUGAAGGUGAAUUUAACGAGAGGAAUUGCAUCGAUGUUUAGGUGAAAAUAAUUUAUUUCAAUAAAACUCUUUGGGAAAGCCUUACCUUGCAAUGCUAUUAGUAAACCUCAAAAAAUUUUUUGAGAUCUUUGGUUUUGCCUAGAACACAGCUGUUUGUUUUUAUUGUUAAAAAAACCAACCAACCAAAAAUAAAAACCUUGAUCAGUGUUGGAAA